AUGCGACCAGCAACAGCCCCAGUAUGGGAAGACACCUCAUUUAACAAUGAUUCGAGACAAAAAGGCAGUCAGCUGACUCGCAACCAUUUCGGCGGCUCAAUGAGAAACAGCGCGACACUGGCUCGUCGUGCCAAAAAGUUUGAGAUCCCCACAACCCAGGAAGAUUAUGGACUGCUGAGUCGUGGAGAAGACACACGUCUGGUUAACAAUGAGGAGGAACAAAAGAAAUACUUUGGGGCCAUUCAGCGACAUUACAUUCGGUUCUGUUACGAUGCUGGGGAUGGUUCUGUAUUGAAAGCAGCGCUGAAAGCGGUUGAGAAGAGUCAGGCUGACAGUUGGGACACAGACCAAAAGGGUGGAAAGCGGGUCGGGGAAAGAGAAAGGUCAAAGAAGCCUGCGAUAGAUUCUAUCAUCAUGUCUUUGCGGAAGUUGCGGGAAGCCAUGAUCGCACAGAAACCGUCUUAUUUCAUGAAGACUGUUUUCCUGUUUUCUGUCAGAGUCACUUCUACCAUGGGCCACUAUGCAAGCUAUGUGCCUUCGGUGCUGAAGUUACUGGAAAUCCAUGAGGAUUUACCACUUACUAACGCAGAGGUACAAGAGGUCUGUGGUGUCUACGCUCUUUAUCUCGCUAUCGUCGCUGGUAACGUCGCUGAGGGCUACCAAAUGCUGGAUCGAAACGGUUGGAAGGAUUCCAGGCUACAUGCGGUCUUACGAGCGUGGGAAACAAAAGACUCUGUGUCAUGGGCGAGACUUUAUGCCACAGAGACCGACCUCGGGAGGUCUAAGAUGAUGCAGUCUGGAGACUCACUCAUGGCCAUGGAGGGCCUCAAGCGAGUGGGAAGGUCCUACUUCUCCAUACAAACAGUUGAGCUAGAAAAAUUGAUAGGGUGGAAGUGGCUUGCCAUUCAAAAGGACCUUGGCUGUGGCUGGAGACAAGAGGAGGACGGUCGCAUUAUUAUCAGAGAGAGAAGACAAAAGGCCCCUCAAAUUAACAUCACAUGA